AUGGCAACAAAUACAAUGGGAAGUUCGUCACUUUGUACAAAUACAAGUGCACCUGUGAAAAAUUGGCAGCAAAAACAGACAAAUGCAACAAAUACAUGGGCUAAAAACUUCGCAGAGCAAGAAAUGUUUUACAAGGAUAUUGAGAUCAUGAUUGGUGCUAAUGAUAAUGAUGAUAUUGAAGAUAAUAUUAGGCACGAUGAAAACAUGGCAGAUAUAGAAAUAUGCAACACACUUACUCAUUUACAGUAUGCUUACCAUACAUCAACAGCUAGCUUGGAUCACCAAAUUUAUAACGAAGGAUACAUUGAUGAGGGAGAUCCUAUACAUAAAUGCAAAUUUUGUGGUGCUCUCAUGUGGUUUAAUGAAAGAGUCAAGAAAGAUAAUAAAAAAAGGUCCAUAAAUAUCUUCUCAAUGUGCUGUAUGCAAGGAAAAAUUGUGUUACCACCUUUGAAGACUCCACCUCCUAUAUUCCAGCGGUUAUUUCUGCAAAAGGAUAAUGCACAGACGAAGAAUUUUCUGUCAAAUAUAAGACAGUAUAAUAACAUGUUUUCUUUCACAUCAAUGGGAGGAAAGAUUGAUCAUUCUAAAAAUUCUGGUGGAGGUCCUUACUCAUUCAUAUUGUCUGGACAAAACUAUCAUAAUAUUGGUAGCUUAUUGCCAGUUCAAGGUUCAGAACCAGUGUAUUCACAACUAUACAUAUUUGAUACUGACAAUGAGGUUUCCAAUAGAAUUGCUGCUGUCAGUAAACACCAGAAGGAAUCAACAAUUGAUCCAGGAAUUGUUCUGCAAAUCAAGAUGGUUUUAGAUGAAAUUAAUCCUUUUGUACAACAAUAUCGAUUUGCUUCUCAGUUUCUGAGCAUUCAAAAUCAUCAACAUUUGAAGUUAUGCUUGCUAAGUUCCAGGGCACAUGAUGGGCGAACCUAUAAUCUUCCAUCUGCUUCUGAAGUUGCAACAUUAAUUGUUGGUGAUAUAGAUAUGACGUUUAAUGUCAGAGAUAUCAUUGCUGAAGAGCAAUCAGGGAGACCUCGACGAAUUAAUGAACUCCAUCCAGCAUAUUUACCUCUACAAUAUCCUCUGUUAUUUCCAUAUGGUGAAGAUGGUUAUAGAGAUGAUAUUGAACACAGACAAGAAACUCUUGCAAUUACAAAGUCAAGAAAGAGGUUAAGCAUACGUGGAUUUUUCACAUACAGGCUUAUGAGAAGAGAGAAUGAGGUGUCAAUCCUAUUACAUGCAUCAAGAUUACUUCAACAAUUCAUUGUCGAUGGCUACACAAUGAUUGAAUCACAACGAUUGCUUUGGGUUAGAACUCAUCAAAAAGAACUCCGAGCUGAUUUAUAUCAAGGAUUAUCUGAUGUUGUUUUAAGUGGUGAGAGAAAUGCUUCACACACGGGAAAACGUAUCAUUUUACCAUCAACCUUUACUGGUGGUGCAAGAUAUAUGCUACAAAAUUAUCAAGAUGCUAUGGCAUUAUGCAGAUGGGCAGGCUAUCCAGAUUUAUUUAUCACAUUUACUUGCAAUUCAGCAUGGCCUGAAAUCACUAGACUUUGCCAACAAGAUAAUGUAAGUCCAUGUGAUCGACCAAAAAUAUUGUCCAGAGUUUUCAAAAUGAAAUUACGAUCUUUCAUGAAAACAUUAAGGGAGAAGAAGAUAUUUGGGACAAUUCGUGCAGAAGUUUACACUAUUGAAUUCCAAAAACGAGGCCUUCCACAUGCACAUAUCCUGUUAUUUCUUGAUGAAAAUGACAAAAUCAAGGAUCCAAAAGCCAUUGACCGGAUUAUUUCGGUUGAGAUUCCAGAUAAGCAUUCUUCUUCUAUUCUGUAUGACUUAGUUAAGAAGUAUAUGAUCCAUGGUCCAUGUGGAAUAGUUAACCCAAAAUCUCCUUGCAUGAAAGACAACAAAUGUAGCAAAUACUUUCCAAAAAAGUUGAAUGAUGUUACCACAGUUGAUGAUGAUGGUUAUCCCACAUACAGAAGAAGAAAUGAUGGAAAAACAAUUGAAGUUAAAGGUGUCUGCUUAGAUAAUCGUUAUGUUGUUCCAUAUAAUCCUACCCUUCUGUGCAUGUUUCAAGGACAUAUAAAUGUCGAGAAGUGCAAUCAAUCUACUUCAAUUAAAUACUUAUUUAAAUAUAUUAGCAAAGGCAAUGAUAGAGUUGUCGCUACUAUAUUUGAUAAGGAUAACAACAAGGAUGAAAUUGUUGAUGAAAUAAGGCAAUAUUAUAGUUGUAGAUACAUAUCUGCAUGUGAAGCAUCAUGGCGUAUGUUUGGAUUUGAUAUCCAUUAUCGGUUUCCUCCGGUUGAAAGAUUGAGUUUCCACUUGCCAAAUCAACAAUAUGUAAUUUAUUCUAAUACUGAUGAUGUUGCGGACUUAUUACAAAGACCACGAGUUAGUGAGUCACAGUUUUUGGCUUGGAUGAAAAUGAACAAUGAUGAUGAUUUAGCGGCAAAUCUUACUUAUGCUGAAUUUCCUAAUUAUUAUGUUUAUCAAAAAGAUAAACGCCAAUGGAAACGAAGAGAGAAGGGGUUUGCUGUUGGUAGAAUUACACAUGUAUCGCCAUCAUCUGGAGAAUUAUAUUAUCUCCGAAUUUUGUUAAAUAAAGUGAAGGGUCCAACUUCAUUUGAUGAUAUCAAAACUAUUGAUGGAGUGAUUCAUGAUACUUUUAAAGCUGCAUGUUUUGCACGUGGACUCUUAGAAGAUGACAAUGAAUAUAUUGCUGCAAUAAAAGAAGCAUCAGUAUGGGCUUCAGGAUCUCAACUGCGAAGGCUUUUCGUAAGCAUGUUAUUGUGUUGCUCACUGCAACAUCCUGACACUGUAUGGAAAGAGACAUCAAAUAUACUCUCAGAAGAUCUACUUCACAUACCUCGCAAUGAUCCUGUCCUCUCAGAUAUUCAUAUCUCAUUGUUUGAUAAAGAGAAUAUGGCCUUGAAAGAGAUUAAUAAUCUUCUCAGAGCAAAUGGGAAGACUCUUCAUGAAUUUCCAUCUCUUCCAUUGCCAUUGAAUACUCCAGGUGGAUUUUUCUUUGUUUAUGGAUAUGGCGGUACUGGGAAGACCUUUCUUUGGAAUGUAUUAAUUACAACAUUACGGGCAAAGGGUGAGAUAGUUCUUCCAGUUGCAUCAAGUGGAAUAGCAGCAACAUUAUUACCAUCUGGAAGAACGGCACAUUCAAGGUUUGCAAUUCCUAUUCAAAUCACUGAAUCUUCUGUAUGUGGGAUAAAACAAAAUUCACCACUAGCUAAUCUGAUUAAGUCCACGAAGUUAAUUAUAUGGGAUGAAGCACCUAUGGUUCAAAGAUAUUGCAUUGAAGCAUUUGAUAGAACAUUAAAGGAUAUCAUGCACUCUAACUUACCAUUUGGUGGGAAAUGCAUUGUUAUGGGUGGUGACUUUCGUCAGAUACUUCCAGUGAUACCAAAAGGUACAAGAGCUACAAUUGUUAAUGCUUCCAUUAAUUCUUCAUAUUUAUGGAAUCAUUGCAGAAUUUUCAAGUUAACGAAGAACAUGCGAUUAAGGAAAACUAAUAGUUCCAAUGAUAGAGAAAGGUUAGAAUGGUUUUCGAAUUGGUUGCUAAAUAUUGGUGAUGGAAAAAUAGGGCAAUCAAAAGAUGGUGUUGCAGAUAUUGAAAUCCCUAAACAGUUGUUACUCACAAACUAUGACAAUGCUCUUCAUGCAAUUGUACACAGCACUUACCCAUAUCUUCUUCAUAAUUUAGCGUCUAAUGACUAUUUCAAUGACAGAGCAAUCUUGGCUCCAACAAUUGAGAUGGUCAAUCAAAUAAAUUAUUACAUGUGUUCUUUGUUACCAGGAGAUUCAUUUCAAUUUCUCAGUUGUGAUACUGUCUGUAAAGCAGAUCAAGAAAUAGAUACAGUUGACGAUUUGUACAACACAGAAUUCUUGAAUACUAUUUCUUGCUCUGGAAUGCCACUGCACAAGUUAGAACUCAAAGUGGGAGCACCGAUCAUGCUAUUACGAAAUAUAGACCAAGCUUCUGGUUUGUGCAAUGGUACACGCCUUAAAAUUUGUCACUUGGGAAAAAAUGUGAUUGAAGCUGUCACGUUGAAUGGAUCGAGCCCCUAUCAGAAGGUUUUAAUUCAUCAGAUGGAUAUGAAUCCUUCAGAAAGUCGUUGGCCGUUUAAAAUGCAGAGGCGACAAUUCCCAAUAACAUUAUCUUUUGCAAUGACAAUUAAUAAAAGUCAAGGUCAAUCAUUAACUCAUGUUGGUCUAUAUUUACCCAAGCCAGUUUUCACACAUGGUCAGCUGUACGUUGCAUUAUCCAGAGUAAGAAGUAUGGACGGUCUGAAGGUUGUUGUUGACGAUCAAGAUGGUUGCUUCAAGUCAAUCACAACAAAUGUUGCGUACAAGGAAAUAUUUAGAAAUAUAGAUGGUAAUUGUAUUUAG